AUAAUUUUUUAUCCAAUGUCCACUGCUAACAAAGAAGCGAUGCAGAGGUGCAAUAAUAAAAGCAGUAUAAAUAGCCGGAUAGCCGUAUUGUCUUCCCAAAUCAUAAUGGCGUCCGAGAAAGAAGCUGCUCUUGCUGCUGCUCCAUCUGAUUCUCCUACCAUAUUUGACAAGAUUAUCAACAAGGAAAUCCCGUCCACUGUUGUUUUCGAGGAUGACAAGGUCCUUGCGUUUAGGGAUAUAUCUCCUCAGGCUCCAACACACAUUCUAAUCAUUCCCAAAGUCAGGGAUGGUUUAACUGGACUGUCGAAGGCUGAAGAUAGGCAUAUUGAUAUUCUUGGUCGCCUGCUUUACACUGCCAAACUUGUAGCUAAGCAGGAAGGACUUGAAGAUGGUUAUAGGAUCGUGAUCAAUGAUGGUCCAAGCGGAUGUCAAUCUGUUUAUCACAUUCACGUCCACCUCCUUGGGGGUCGUCAAAUGAACUGGCCUCCAGGCUAAGAUGUCAUUUCGUUGAUCAUCGCCAGAUUUUCGGUUUGAUUUAACCUGCCAUCUAAAUAAUGUACUAGAGUGAGGAACCAUUUAUGAGACGAAAAUACUGUUCUGAUAUAAAACAAAUAACUUUAUGAUUAUGAAUGCGAGAGUUCUAGUGUUAA